CAAAUACUCAACCUAGUUAUUCAAAUAUAAAAAGUACAGAAGUUAGUGACAAUGAUAGUUAUGGUAAUGAAGAGAUUAACAAAAGGCCUGAUAAGAUUGAAAAUAGAUCUGAAAAAAAGGCUACA